AUGGCUGAUAUGUUCCUGCAGAAGGAGCAAGAGCUUCUGAAGCUCAACGAGGAGAUCAACUCAAAGACGAAGACAGUGCUGCAGAAGACAGAGAAGAAUGCGGUCAAAGGCAAUCGAAAGACUGUGGUUAAGAAGAAGAGUGAGGAGACAAAGAAACCCGUCAAGGAGGUGAACGUCCCUGAAGAAGUGCUGGAGAGUGAGGUGGAGCUUCCCGCGCCCAAGAAGACCUCUUCGGAAGCCACCAUCCCUGAUCGCUUGGCCAGGAAGAAUGUGAGCUCUGAAGGACUGAUAAAGUUCCUCAAAGCCAAAGUGUCUAUUCUGCAAGAUGAGGUGGACACGCAUCAGAAGGAGAAUCUGAAGAAUACUGAGCAGAUUCAUGCUCUACAGGAGUCUCUGAAGGGAGUGGAGAAUGUUAAGGAUCAACUUACGAGUCGAGUGAAUGCCCUGCAGAGCCAGCAGAAAAAGUUGGAGGUGAGGAAUGAAGAAUUGGAGUUGAAGCUAAAGAAUCGCGACGUUGAUCUUGGAAAGCAGAGUCGGGAUCUCGAGAUGGCGAGACGGGAAGUGAAGAGCUUGACUCAGGAGAAGAGCACCAUGGAGAGGAGAUUGCUGAAGAGCCAGGAGGAUCACGAGGGAACGAAGCAAAGUCUGACCGGUGCCUAUGAGCGCGAGAAGGAAAUGCGAGAGCGCUCGAGACUGGAAAAGGAGGGAUUCGAGAAGCAGGUGAAGGCGCUGAGGAAGCAGAGGCUGAGUCUCAUCGGAGCGUACAAGCAGCAAUUGCUGCUCCUGGACAAUCUGAAGAGGCAGAUCGUGUGCCUGGAAGAGGCCAAGAUGAUUGACUUCGCUGAGAGGGAGUUCACUAAGAUUCUCGACUGGGGCAAGUGA